AUGGGUGGUGUCCCGAGAAGCCAAGGCUGCCAAACGUGCAAGCAGCGCAAGAUCAAGUGUGACGAGACGUGGCCAAGCUGCGCUCAAUGCCGCCAUCUCGGAGCCACAUGCCCAGGCCCAACGACCUUAGUCAAAUUCGUCAACAGCAAAAGCCCCCCGAGCAGCGCAGCACCGCUCGUCUCCCGCCCGGCGACUACAAGCAAACCAUGGAAGUUCGCGGCGGACUCAAAAGACGUCCGGUCGAAAAAGGUCCAGUAUGCAAAGGUGGAUGACUCGGCCGCCGGCUACGGCCUCCUGUUCUUCGGGAAGCCCAAGUCGAUGCCCACCACGCUGGCCGAGCGCAUCGCGAACCGCCUCACCACCAAGAUGCAGGGCAGCCAGCACGGCGUGACGAGCCUGCACAUGAGCUACCUCAUCUUCACGCCCAAGCGGCUCGCCGGGAGCGCCUGCCUCCGGGACGCCGUCGACUGUUUCUGCUCCGCCUGGUCGGACUUCCAGAGCCGCGACCCGCGGGGGGAGCUGAUCGCCCUGCCUCAGUACGGCAAGGCGCUGAGGAGCGUGAGGCGGGCGCUGCUGAACCCCAGCGAGGCGCUGAGGACGGAGACGUUGGCGGCCAUCACGAUCAUGGAGCGGGCGUGUACUCUGUUUGACCGGCAGAACACUGUCAGCAUCCACCUGAAAGGGAUCGUGCAGCUGAUCCUGAAUAAGGGACCGCCGGAUAUCAAUGAUGAUCUUGAUGUGGCGGUGUCCAACGAGACGCAUUCCGCUCUGAUGCCAGUUUGGGUGUAUGGCGAAAGUGUUGCGUUUCUCACCAAAAGCCCUUGGAAAGAGGUGCUGGACGAGUGUGCAAUCUCGCACUCGCGGCUGCAGGGCCUAGAUUGGAAAUUCCUCAGCCUCGACGAUGCCUUGAUUCUGUACGGCUAUGCAAAGGGGCUGCCUGAGAGAAGAAAGGAGUUUCAACAGCUCUUUCUGGGACCAGUUUCCGAAGAAACGAAGGAGUCCUCCAUCGCUUUGCUUAAUCAGCUGCUGCCCGUAUACAACCACGUCGCGGAGCUCGCGGCCCAAUCUCGCAUCAAGGGGGUUGAAGUAGGCGAGUUAACAGAAUCACCCAACCCUGGCGGUCUUACAGAGAUGCGAUAUAGCUUCAGUAGCGCGCUGCUGGCAUUGACCUUCCAAGCCUUGAUUAUCGGACAGAUGAACAUGCUGCACAUGCUAAUCCAGCUGAACAAGCUGGGCGGCGAUGAUCCGGAGCUUGGUGCCUCGCUGUGGGCUAAAUAUCGAUCCGCUGCCCUGGACUUCUGGAAGUUCCUGCCCUACUUUUAUGAGUUGGAAUCCAUCGUUGCUUGGCACUUCCUCCCGUCUCUCUGUCUCACAUGGGAGGCUGCGGAGGAGGAGCAUGAGCGGGAGGCAAUAUUGAAAAUGGUCCAAUACAUGGAUAGUUAUCUUGGGAGGUGGAGUAAAGAACCCAACAUAAUAAAGAUUUCAAUGUUGGAAACUGCAAAGCUAUUAACCGGGCGUCGUCCGGACUUAGCUAUACUGUAG